CGUCGCGGCUCAGCCCACCGCCACUACCCCACAACUAUCCUCGCUGUCUCCCACUGAGCCGUGGUCCCAGUCGCGUGACGAGGCCCACCGGCCAGCGUCACGGAAAGCUCCCCUUAUCUGCGGCUAACCCCCCGCGAGGCCGCGCCUCACACGCCUUGGGUUCGGGCUCAUCAUCCCACACCGCGACAGCGCCCUUCUCCGUUCGCGCCGCCACUUUCCUGACAACACACAAAAAAAGAAACCACAAAACCAAGUCUGCGAGGUAAAAAAAUCUUGGAAGCCGCGGCUGGGAGAGAGUCGGUCAUCCGCGUCAUGGAGGACACCGGCCAAGGUCCCGCCGAGAACCUUCCGGAGCCUGAGCCUCUGUCUCCAGCCGUGGAGGCCGAGGUCGUCGAGGACGAAGCAGACGGCGACGAGGAGUUCAGCUUCCCCGCCCCGCCGGUCGCCGCCGACGCGUGCAUCGUGCCCGUGUACCCGAUCUUCGGCCGGCCACCGUCCCCGUCUCCGCGUGGGGAGGUGGAGGAGCCGGAGCCGGAGACGGCCACCGUGCGGGUGCCGCUGGGCCGGCUCCUGCUGGAGGAGCGGGAGUUCCGCGCGCGGGAGCAGGACGGGCGAUCGGCGAGUGCGCGGCGGGCGUGGCAGGACCAGGAGGAGGAGGAGGACGACGACGCCGGGGCCGGGGACGAGGACCUGGAGGGCGUGCCGCCGGAGACCUACUGCCUGUGGGCGCCCGGCGGCGGUGGCGGGCAGCAGUCGUCGGCGCCCGCGUCCCCGCGCCGGUGCCGGAAGAGCGGCUCCACGGGCUCCGUCCUCCGCUGGCGCCGCAUCAGCGACCGCCUCGUCGGCCGCAGCCACAGCGACGGCAAGGAGAAGUUCGUCUUCCUCACCGCCGCCGCCGCCGUUCCGGAGCCUCCUCGUCGUAGUAUCAAGGAAGAGGAGGAAGCAGGCGGCGGCAUCAACAAAGGCGGCGACGCGGGCAGCGUGGCCAAUCAGUUGAGAUAUUACGGCAGAGGCGGCGGCGGCGGCGGCAGCGGCAGCCGGAGGCGUUCGUAUCUGCCGUACAGGCAAGAACUCGUCGGGCUGUUCGCCAACGUCAGUGGGCUGCGCCGAAGCUAUCACCCGUUCUAACCAACGCCAUUUCUCCAUGCCCUCCGUACGGUCCGAUCUUGCUUGCUUCUCUGUGCAUAAUACUGCCUAUACUACUGUUUUUUUACAGUUACGGGCGGAAGUAGAUCUGCGUGCGUGUUUUCUCUAAAUUGUCGGCUUGGAUAAAAUAGGAUUUCUUUUAGGAUAAAAAAAUAGCAGAACCUCAACAAUGGAGAUUGCUGUGAAAAAAAAGCACCAAAAAAAAAAAAAAAAACAGGAGAUGUGGUAAAGUAGGGCGUGUACUGCUACUACUCAUUUGUUCACAUACUUAACUUAAAUCCAGAAUCGGUGUUCUUUUGGCUUGUUUAUUCAA